GGUAAUCGGCAGCUUCCAAGCCAUGCCAUGCAUCAUCCAUCGUGUUGCGUGUUCAUUGUCCGAAGGGUUGUUUUUUUUUCAAUAAGAAGAAUACUAGCGACGCCUCUUCUUCCUUCUUUCCUACUUGUUUUCACAUCUUUAAAUGUUUUAACAUUUAUUACACUUUUCACCACACCUAAUAUUAACAUCCAAACCAUCCCCGCGUAGCUUUUACAUCCACAUCGCGCAAGCAGAGUACCAUACAUUACAACCCAACGUCACUUGGCGUCACAUAUUCUUGGCAAUCAGCCAUUCCCUUUUCGGACAAUUCCGAACGAACAAGCUACAAGCUACCACUACAUUCAGAAGCAACCGGAGCUGAGCUUUUCGCAACUUCAUAAAUUCACAUUUCUAGUUUCUAGUAUUGCGCAUCGUUCUGUCGCAACAUCAUCAAAUAUCUACACAUGGCACCACUUAUCGACCUAGUUAAUGCCCAAUUGGCAGGAUUGGAGAAGCGGGAUGGACCCUGCAGAGCUAAUGAGUACUAUCGAUACGGCAGGUGUUAUAGCUCCUGGUACUGGUAUGGUCGAUGGAUCUUCGCUGCCGUAGUCAUCGCUCUCCUCAUUGCCCUUCUCUUCGCCUGGGUAUGCAUCAACUCCCGUCGUCGUAAACGCCGCGGUCUCCAGCCCAUGUACGGUACGGGCUGGAUGGCUGGAAACAGUGGUCCGAACAACAACGCAGCAUAUUAUAACAACCCCCAGCCAGGCUACGCCAACCCCCCUCCGGCAUACGGAGCGCCGCCCGGCCAGUCCUUCCCGAUGCAAAAUCAAUAUACUGGCACCACCUUCUCGCCUAACGACGGCUACUACGGCCAGAACGAGGGCGUCCAGGCGCCCAGGAACGUCUACAAUAACGGGCACAAGGAUGACUACGCUCCUCCCGAGGGUCCCCCGCCCAAUAGAUAAACUGGUGGCGAAACCAGGUGCACGAGCAAUGUCAAUCGAAGAGCAAACGGAUCAGAUACGAAUCGGACAUACCCUUAUUGAGGCUGGUGGUUCAAGGCGUUAGAAAAGGUUCGGUUGAUUAAUUAUUUUCAGUGUUGGUAAUGAGGCGGUUGGUAAAGGGAGACGAGUAUUACGCCUAGAGCACUACAGAAUUUUCAUUUCGAAUGAAGAGGGACAUGCGUCUCAUUCUCUUGCAUUCGCCUAUGUGGGUUACUUUACUCAUACUUCGACUAUAAUGUCUGCUGAGAUUAGGAGGUUUAUGAGGUGCUUUAAUCUCAUGGUUACUACUAUUCAAGUAUGAUAGUUUGAUAUGAGAAAUACCUACUUCGUCUUAUGAAAA